AUGGAGAACGGUUCAUCCUCAGAAGGAAAAGACCCUUCUGCCUUUCUCGGCGAGAUCAUUGGUGCUCCGGUGAUUGUAAAGCUGAAUUCUGGCGUGGUUUACAAAGGUGAGCUGCAGUCAGUUGAUGGCUACAUGAACAUCGCCCUUGAGAAGACCGAGGAGUUUGUGAAUGGAAAACUCCGACGCAGCUAUGGCGAUGCCUUCGUGCGAGGCAAUAAUGCAGACUCAGUGCUUUACAUCUCGGCAAGCUGA